AUGCGUCUCUUUUACAGUAUUCUCUUGGUUCUAAGCCUUGGGUUUCUCCAAGCCUUCGCUGUGGAUCUCCCACAAAAGCCAGAUGUCGAUGACUUCUACCACCCCGAUCCACACGACGACACCUGGCAUACACAAAAGCCGGGAUAUAUCAUAAAAGCUCGCGAUGUGACCAUGGCAUCACUGUGGCUCAGCCUACCAAGCAAAGCCAAGGCCUAUCAAUUGUUAUACGUCACUCAAGACGUAUACGAAAAGCCAGCCUAUGCCGUUACAACCAUCGUCGUCCCUGUCCGACCAAACUUCAAGCGCAUCCUCUCCCUCCAAAUUGCCUAUGACUCGCCAGACAACAACUGCUCCCCGUCGUACGGGUUGCAGCAUAGCGUAGCCGGCGCCGCCGCCACCUGGAGCCGAACCCAACUCUACACCGUUCUCCCUUGGCUCCAACAAGGCCCAGUCAUGAACAUCCCCGACUACGAAGGUAUCAAUGCCGCCUUCACAGUCGGUCCUCAAAGUGCUUACCACACGCUGGACUCCAUCCGCGCAGCCCUCAACUCACACGACACCACCGGGAUCAGCCCCUCCGCCCGAACAGUCAUGUUCGGCUACUCCGGCGGCGCCUUCGCGUCUGAAUGGGCAGCCGAAUACCACCAAGAGUACGCAUCGGAGCUCAAAAUCGCAGGAGCAGUUCUCGGGGGUCCUCCCCCCAACAUCUCCAGCACCUAUGAGCAUUCUAACGGGGGGAACUCCUCCGAGUUGAAUGUCUGGGCCAUUCUGGGCGUGAUGAACGCAUACAAGAACGUCAGCGAUUUCGUCCACUCGGACCUGAAAGAGACCCAUAAGGCUGCUUUUCUCGAUCCUCAGAAGCGCUGCAGUCGCUGUGAGCCUCGUGAAUAUGUUCCAGGACCUCCCCUAAGCAAUGCAGAUAUCUCUGACUUCUUUAAACACGGGAACCAUUUUUUGUACAAAUUCAAGGAUACCCUGGACUAUAUUGGCCUCAUGGGAAAGAGAAGCUAUCCGAAGUUUCCUUUAUACAUCUAUCAAGGCACAAACGAUGAUAUCACUGCCCCCGUGUCCCAUACCGAUGACUUGGUGGAGGAGUUUUGCAAAAACGGUGUGAAAGUGUGGUAUCGUCGGUAUUUGGGUCUCGAUCAUUUUGAGACCUCGGCGGCUGGGGUGCAGGGUGCUUGGCUUUGGACGAUGUCGGUGUUCAACAAUCCAUUCUUCCCACGGUCAUGUAGCACGAAGGAUAUAGCUGAGGAAGACGACGGCGAGCUUGACGCGAUUUCUGAUCAUGGUGCAUGGGGACAACUGCAUGAUGACUUGCGGUAA